CAUGUUGGCCGGAGACGCGCCCCCCUCGGCUGCCAACGUCACGCCCAGGGCAGUGGAGCUGCGGUGCGCGCGGUGAUGUUGUGGUUGUCCACGCCGCCGCCGACACCUUUCCGAGCACGAUCCCGCACCUCAGAGCCCGCAGCGAGAGCUCACCCCGCAUGGAGCUGAGCUCGGAGCGUGCGGCGGCAGCGCUGGAGAUGCCGCAGAGCCAGAAAGACGACGGGCCUUUUAACAGCGACAGCGACGGCGACUACGAGAGCUUGCCGCCUCAUGUCUCGGUGGCGACCCACAUGACAGCGGGAGCCGUGGCUGGCAUCCUGGAGCACACGGUGAUGUACCCCGUGGACUCCGUCAAGACAAGGAUGCAGAGCCUGCAGCCGGACCGGAACGCACAGUACAGAAGUGUUUAUGAGGCUCUGAAACGGAUCAUUCAGACAGAGGGGAUCUUCAGGCCUCUGAGGGGCCUCAACAUCACCAUGAUGGGAGCGGGGCCGGCCCAUGCCCUCUACUUCGCCUGCUACGAGCAGGUCAAACGCUCACUAAGUGACGUCAUUCAGAGGGGAGGCAACAGCCAUUUAGCCAACGGUAUGGCAGGUAGUGUGGCCACUGUGCUCCAUGAUGCAGUCAUGAAUCCAGCUGAAGUGAUAAAGCAGCGGAUGCAAAUGUACAACUCUCCAUAUCGAGGACUUUGGGACUGUGUUCAAACAAUAACACGGACCGAGGGCAUCGGAGCGUUCUACCGCAGCUACAGCACGCAGCUGACCAUGAACAUCCCCUUCCAGGCUGUUCAUUUCAUCACCUAUGAGCUGAUGCAGGAACAGUUAAACCCCCACAGACAUUACCACCCCGGCAGCCACAUAGUGUCGGGAGCAGCGGCCGGAGCCAUCUCUGCAGCGAUAACUACUCCGCUCGACGUUUGUAAAACGCUGCUCAACACACAAGAGAAUGUAGCACUGAACUCCAUGAAAAUCAGCGGCCACUUAACAGGAAUGGCUAACACCUUCAGGACAGUGUACCGGCUUGGUGGAAUGGCAGCCUUCUUCAAAGGGGUCCAAGCAAGGGUUAUAUACCAGAUGCCCUCCACCGCCAUCGCCUGGUCCGUGUAUGAGUUCUUCAAGUACUUCCUGACGAAACAGUAGCUGGAACAAGAGGCAGGACCUGCUGUCAUGGAAAAUGUGUUGGAGCAACCCACACCUAGACUGAUGAAAGACUUUCCCCACCUGAAGCUGUGUGAACUCAAUGUAUCGUUUCCACUGUGGAGGAAAUAACAUCAGUAGUUGUCUCACAGGGGAGUCACUGUGGUCGAGGUGUGGCAGAGGACGACACUUGAUAUUUCUCAUUUACUCAAGUCUGUGUGUGUUUUUGAGUUAGGAUGACGUUGCACAAGGAGGAGAUGACUAUUGUUAGUGUGUCAUCUUCUUCCUCCUCCUCUCCACGGUCCCAUCAACCACAACUCUCCAGUCUCAUGUGCUGACCAUUUAAUGAAGUUGUCCUGAAAGAUGUUUAUAGUUCGUAAUAUUGGAACUUUCUUAUUUAUUUUGUUAGCUUUCCGCAGCUUGUGUUUUAAGGAUGUUUGUUUUGUUUCAUGGAGUAUUUAUAAAGAACCAUUACAUCACAUUCCUUAUUUCCACUCCACAGUGGAAAGUACAUCAGCGCUUUUAAAGUGCCUCAUAAAUAUUAAAUGCUCUUUUGCUUUUUCCAUCUUAUGCACUUGAUUUUGAAAUCUUUCCACAUUUUAUUUUUGUUUGUUCCAAGGCUUAUCGGAAUAAGAUAAGAUUACAAUCUUAUUGUGGCUCUUUGUCAUAAAUGGUCAAAUUUUUCAACAUCUGAACAGGCUUAACCGGUUGAUGUGUAAAAUACCAUGUUUUCCCCCUGAGAGACUCCUCUCGGGGUCAAGAUGUGUAGGCCGUAACGGUCUGUUAUUUUAUUUGCCUUGUUGAAGUGAAGUACUAAAACACUCCUGAAUCACGCACAAUAACGUUACUUCCAGAAAGAAGGCAGCUUUUUCAUAUGUAUUCAAACACGUGAAUAUAUAUUUUAGGGUGACUAUUUCUGAGAAACUUCAUUAUGCAGGUCCACAGGUGGAUCAAAUACGGCUGUUACUUGAUCUGGCGGUAAUAUCUCGUGCAUUUAUACUGUGAUGUUUAUAUGUAUAAAUAAUAAUGACCUUUCAAGGUUGUAGAUUGUAUAUAAAAUAUUUUUCAGAGUAUAAGUUUAGCUGAAAGUUAAAAUUCACACUUGCUGCAAUUCAAACUUCAUGUGAUUGAAUUUGAUUUUAAAAACGGACCAGUGAAGUCAGGCGCUCUCGUUUCCAUGAGGUCUGAUCAGCUGGUGAGCAGGCAGCAUCAUUCCUUUUAUUUUCGUCCUGUUGUAUUUACAUAUUUCCUGUGUGCUCACUGCUCUCUCCAGCCUAUUGUCUAUUUUUGAUAAAGUAAUCAGGACAUUCCUCCAGAUAUUGAUGUGAUCCAGCAAGUGGCCAGAUUUAUUUGUUUUUAAUUAUGGAGGUUUUUUUCUGUCUUACUCUGGAAAAGUUCAGAGAGUUUGUCAGAUUCCAGUGGAGUCACGAACCCUUUAGCAACAGAUUCUUCUUGCUUGUACACUUGGGUAAUUAUUAAUAUACCAAAGACAUGCAUUCUAUUCUACACAUCACAUUUCGAACAUGUAGUCAUGAUGCUGUGUGCCUGCCUGCUGUGAAUUGUCAUUCCACCUUCACCCCCACAUACAGUAGCUUCCACUCAGAUUCUUCAUUAUCUUUCUUUAUUGUUUUGGAACUUGUUCGAGAGAAAGAAACAUCUUUUCUUCCUUGACAUUUUUCAUUGUCUUCUGACAAGUUUCAAUAACGAUUCAAAACGUUUAGCAAAAGCAGUUAACUGUGAAAAAUCAUUGAUAUUUUGGAAAGAUUUCAGUGAGUUUGGGAAAUUACGUUGUGAGCUAAUUAUGGACUGAUUAUUUCUUUUAGACUAGGCUAUAUAAACAGCUUAUAUUGUUCCUAGUUUCGUGUGCAAUAUGAAUUUCACAUGAAAGGAUAAGAUGUUAAACUUGAAUAUAAAAGUGGAUUCAGUAGCAUUUAGCUUCAUGCAGCUGUUCUAUUCCCCUUAAAGCAUCUAAUCACAGUUACAGCGCAUUUAUCCACAUUGUGUUUUCACAGUUGGAUCCACUGACAAACAUCAACUCAUCCAAUGCUAAUCACAUGAUAAACAAAAUAACAAUUCAGUCUGAAUACAUUUUGAUUUAUUACUUUAUACUUGUAUUUAAUGCUGCAUUAUUCCUUUGAGGUGUUGGUGCAGAAUAGAGAAUUAUUAUUCUACAACUGUGUGUCCAUGUUCUUUUAACAUGUUAAAUCAGUGUUUCUCAUGUAUAUCUCUACAUCUUAAAGAAGACAGGAGAACUCGUAUUCUAUGUGGGGAUUUUCAUGAUGUAAAUAUUUAUACGCUAAUUACGCACAAGUGAUUUGAAAUGGGAGCUGGGAGUGUUUUUUUUUUCUGCUGAGUGCCAUCUCCAGAGGAGGAGUGCUUAAAAGUUUGACCAUGCAAAUAUGAAAUGAUUGUAAUAAUGCUGCUACAGUAUGUAUCACUGGAGCUGAAAUAAACAAGCAACUGAGGAA